GUGCGUACCUGUUUUAUAAAGAUGACAUCUGGCCUGCAACACCUGUAAAUCCCCGAAAAUCUAGAGGCGUUUGUUGGUAAUUCACUUCCGCGCGGAGCGAUGUUUGUGUGGCACAGAAAGAAAGCAGAUGGUUGUCAAAUUUUAACAGGUUUUUGAGCAGAAAAUAUCCACAGUUUCAAGAAAUUAAUCGUUUCACACACGACAGAGUUAUCUGUGAAAUCAUUCUUACGCGUCUGUAGAAGCACCAUUCAAAGAAGAUUGCAGCAGCAUCAGUUAUGUUUGCCCCCGGUACAGAAGUAAUUGCGAAGUUUGAAUUUCGAAAGUCCAGCCCCAUGGAUUUGCCGUUUGAUAAAGGCGACACCCUAGUUGUGGUUGGUAAAACACAGGAUGUAAAUUGGAUAAAGGUCAGAAAUCUUCGUGGAAUGGAAGGCCUCAUUCCUGUAAAUUACGUCGAAAAGAAGGAAAAGGCAGCCGUCCAAUUGCACAAAAUGCCGUGGUUUCAUGGUCGUAUUGAUCGUGCGAAAGCAGAGCGUUUGUUGACUUCCAGCCCAGAAGACGGGCUGUUUCUAGUUCGGGAAAGUACAAAUUAUCCAGGAGAUUAUGCACUUUGUGUUUGUUAUCAUGCAAAGGUCGAGCAUUAUCACGUUAUGUACGAUAAAAAGGACCAACUAACCGUUGAUGAGGAGUCGUCGUUUUCAAAUCUCACGCAACUAGUUAACCAUUACAUCAAAGGUGCUGAUGGUCUCAUAUGUCGUUUGAAAAAGCCUUUAGAGAAACAAGGAACGCUGGCUGUUUCGGUGGAUGCCGAAUCGUUUAUGAAAUCUGGCUGGCAUAUACGACGCAAAGACGUAGAUUUGAUCAAAGUUGUCGGCCACGGCGAAUUCGGAGAUGUAUGGGAAGGCCUGUUUAAUCAGAAGAAAGUUGCUGUUAAAUCGUUAAAAGAAGAGGGUCGAGCGGCACAAACGUUUUUGACGGAAGCUUCUGUCAUGACGGCAUUAAACCACAAGAACCUGGUCAUGUUGCUGGGUGUAUCACUAGACGGUUCACCAAUCUAUAUCAUAACGGAGUUCUGCGAGAAGGGCUCGCUAGUCGAAUAUCUAAGGUCACGUGGGCGAUCUGUCAUCACUCAAAAAGAUCUCAUUGGCUUUGCCAGGGAUGUUGCGAAUGGAAUGUGCUAUCUAGAAUCCCAAAACUUUAUACAUAGGGAUUUAGCCGCAAGGAAUGUUUUACUCGAUGAAAACUGCAUGGCGAAGGUAGCUGACUUCGGCCACGCCCGCGAGCAAAGUGUUAGUGUCAGUGGUAAGCUGCCAGUAAAAUGGACGGCACCGGAAGCAUUGAAAGAUGGGAAUUUUUCGUCGAAAUCUGAUGUUUGGAGUUUCAGUAUCUUCCUAUGGGAAAUGUAUUCGUUUGGCCGUGUGCCUUAUCCUCGAGUGCAAUUGACGGACGUGCUCUCUAAAGUCAUUAAAGGUUAUAGAAUGGAAAAACCCGAUGCUUGUACAGACGAUAUGUUUUCUCUUAUGACGUCAUGUUGGCAGUUUUAUCCGAACGAGCGACCGACGUUCAAGAACAUUGUGAUGACUUUAAAAACAUAUGCCGACGAUGGCAAAUUUCUUCCCGUAUUAUGAUUUCAUUUAUCAAGGCACCAUGGACUGAUGAACAAAAAUUUCCAAGAAUUGGUUGAAAAUAUCUUAUUUCAGGAACAGGUUUGACGUAUUUCUUUAAAAGCCUUUUGGGAUACCCUCUUAAGCCGGCUCGAUCGGACUUGUCUAGCUUUGUCAAUUUCUGGAUUGCACGUCGUCCUGAUAAUCGUCAUCGUAGAAAAACGCUUCUCGCCAGUUUUUAACGGAAACAAUCAUAUAGUUUUUUGUCAAAGAUUAACGUACCAUUGCGCUCAUGAAUGCACGAAAUUCAUAUGGUAUACUAUUGUUCACGACGUACCUAAUAGUGUUGUGCUUUUCAGUUUUGAUUUUCUGUAAAGAUAUAAUGUAUAGAUUAAUAUUGAGCGAUGAACAUAAUAACAACAAUUUUCUCAGGCAAAAUCGUUGCAGUUGGCACUUUAGUGAAAGUUCAGAAAAUGCUCGUUGAUCGUUUGGCGAAACUCCUGAUUUUUUACGAUUGGAAUGAUGAUUAGUUUGAUGUUUUUCAAAACGGCUGGUAAUACAAAAAAUCGACGCUUUAAACUCGUCAUAAGAGGAAUGGUAUUACCUUAUAAGUAAUACUGCUCUUCUUUUGAUAAAGGUCCAGGUGAACUUCACUCGAAAACGUAUCAAUUGUAAAACAGGCUUUUUGUUUUGUUUGCUCUCGUUUGAUGUCAAAUAUACGUACUUAGAAUAA